AUGACUCCUCAAUCGAUUGCCCGGCGGAUCUCAAGAAAGCUAGACUUUGCCAUCAGAGGAUUAUCCAAGACGUCAGUUGUAUAUAAAUCUCUCAACCUUGCGAACUGCGAGAUCCGACUACUACAUAUUGCGCCUGGUCUCAAACACAGUACGAUCGAAGUCAGCACCUCUAUCAGCGUAUUGCCGCAUCCCUACAUCCCAAGCCCAUACCCUCGUGCAGACGAUGAGUCUGAGCUUACCAACGGCAUUUGUGACCCUUACGAAGCUCUAUCGUACGAAUGGGGCAACCCUGAGGCUCCAAGACACACCAUAUUCCUCGACGGCCAAAAUUUCAAAGUCCGCGACAACCUGUUCCAGGCCUUGGUCUGUUUCCGAGAUAUGGGUGUCACAGGAGCCUUGUGGAUAGAUGCGAUCUGUAUCAAUCAAGCAGACCACCGAGAAAGAGGCCAUCAAGUUCAGAUGAUGGGCUUAAUAUAUACACAUGCCCUGAGAGUUCGCGUCUGGUUGGGUGCGGAUUUUCCAGAAUUUUCGGAUUCAGUCCAGUUCGUCUCUAGACUCGUGCAUCUUGGAGAGCUCGGCCCGGGAGCUAGAACCGUAACCAAGGUCACCAACAGGGAAUUCAAUAAGGAUGGGAAGGAAAAUAGUUCUUGUGGAGAAAGGCCGCUCUCGAAUUACGCCGACCAUAGAGCUUCCAUCGUGGCUGCGGAAGAAGGGUGGAGAGCGCUCAUUGCUUUGCUGAACCACAGCUAUUGGCACAGAAUCUGGAUCAUUCAAGAGUAUCUCCUUGCCAGAGAACUCAUUAUACACUGCAGCCGGAGCAGCAUGCGACACCAGGACCUCAAGACCGCGAUCGGCGUAUGCUUUUCCUCUUUGUGUAUGUCAGAUGCGAACACAGAGAUGCCGAUAAUGCAAAGCCCCGGAUUCAAGAUCCUCGACAUGUGCGAGUCCCACGACCCACUAAGCCAGCGGGUUUUCAAACUUCCGAUACCAACUCUAUCGCUUCUGGAGCUUCUGAAGAUGACGGAGGAGUCUGCAUGCCACGAUCCGCACGACAGAAUAUAUGCCAUAAUGGGACUAGCAGAGGACCUUCAACAUGCUGUGGUUCGGAUUGACUAUGAUGCUCCCCUCGAAGCAGUCAAAGCAGGCGUCAUCUCAGCUCUGAAGCAUACAAGCGUGAUUCAAUUGUACAUCUGCCUAGUCUGCCACCUCUUGGAUGUAAUCCUCGCGGAAGAGAUUUUUGGAGAAGAUGACCCAGCUGAUGUGAUGUUUGACCACCGGGGUUAUCUUUCAAUCAGCUUAAACCAAUCUACAAAACUACGAAAAAGUGCGAUGAGAGAAAACUUCUCCAAUCACCACCGUCCCAAUCAUCCCGUCUCAUCACCGCACGAUACCGGCCCCACCGCCCCCAACGCUCCCAACACGCUCAACAAACCUCGCCGCCAUGCACUCCUACAAUGCAGGGCCACUCUAGCCGCCGCUCAACCGAAUGCAAACAUGUGGGUCCCCGAUCCUCCUCCUGCCGUAAUCAGCAGAUGA